UCCCCCCACCCCCCACCCCAUGGACAUGCUGGAACCCGGUCUGGAUACAGCCACCGCCUCCGCUGCUUCCAGCCACGAGAAAGAUCAAGAAAGUGAAGAUGGAGUUGAGCUACGAGAAGGGGACGGCACCAAUGCAGAUGAACAGACAGCAGUGGCCAUUGCCAGUGUCCAGCAAGCAGCCUUUGCAGACCAUAAUAUCCAAUAUCAGUUUCGAACAGAGAACAAUGGAGGGCAGGUGACAUACAGAGUCGUUCAGGUGACGGACAGUCAGCUGGAUGGACAAACGGAUGCAACGGGGGCCGUUAGCGUGGUCUCCACCGCAGCUUUCACCAGUGGCCAGCAAGCUGUUGCUCAGGCUGUGAUUCAGAACCCUUUCAGUAACGGUGGGAGUCCGGCCACAGAUGCCGUCAGUGGUGAAGCCCGUUUUGCAUACUUCCCUGCUUCCACGGUGGGGGAUGCCACGGCAGUUUCCGUACAGACAACCGAUCAGUCGCUGACACAAGCUGGAGGUCAGUUCUACGUGAUGAUGACCCCCCAAGACGUGUUGCAGACCGGAACGCAACGUACCAUAGCUCCCCGCACCCACCCCUAUUCCCCGAAAAUGGACGGGACGCGGACGCCGCGAGACGAGAGGCGAAGAGCUCAGCACAAUGAAGUUGAACGGAGGAGGCGGGACAAGAUCAACAACUGGAUUGUACAGCUGUCAAAAAUCAUUCCAGACUGCAAUACAGACAACACCAAGACAGGAGCGAGCAAAGGAGGCAUCUUGUCCAAAGCCUGCGACUACAUCCGGGAGCUGCGCCAGACGAACCAACGUAUGCAGGAGACGUUCAAGGAAGCCGAGAGGCUUCAGAUGGACAAUGAAUUGCUACGGCAACAGAUUGAGCAGAUGAAGAACGAAAACACCCUUUUGAGAGCACAGCUUCAACAACACGGAAUUGAAAUGGUGGGCGACACCCCGGGGCAGUAGCCCCCUUUUCUUCGCCUCUGCCUCCAUGCCGAAUCUCAGCCUCCCAAUUCUUCUGGGCUUGUGGUUAUUUUGUUUUUGUUUUUUGUUUUAUAUAUAUAUAUAUAUAUAUAUAUAUAUAUAUAUAUAUAUAAACCGAAUCCUCUCCUCCCGACAACAAUGAUACAGCGAAACCGUCGCCUCUGGAUGAACCUUGCCUCUUUGCUUUGCGUUUGAAGACGGGGGCAGGAGGGAGGAGGUACAGAGGAGACUUGGGGUGGGGUGGGGCCUUUUCUACCCCCAUACCUUGCUACUGCCCUGAAAGGUUGGCGCCUGGCUUUUUUCCCACCAGGUGCAUCCUUGUUCCCUCCAUCCUUCUGCCUUCCCUCCCUGCCUUUAUUUCUUUCCCUUCCCGGGAUGUGUUAAGAUUCAACAGACAAAAAUCCUGCAAUUUUCUUUUUUUUUUACAAUAGUUUUUUUUAACACGGGUUCACUGACUUCUGUCACCCUUUUUCCUGGGUGGGAACUAGGGGCGGGGCGGGGUGGGGGGGAAGUGCACACCUUUCCUUGAGCUUGGCUGUUUUAAAAGGAAAAAAAAAACGGCUGGAUUUUUUUUUUUUUUAUUUUCUUUCUUGUCUCUUCUGUACGUUUUUGGCAUCUUGCUUCUUGGGGGAUUGGGGAGGAUUGGGGUGGGGAGGCUGUUUUGUUUGGGCACGGCUACUGAUCUGUCCCCCUCCACAGUCCAGGAGACACGAGCGAUGACUUAAUUAGCCGGCAACUAUCAGCUCUGGCAGCAAACUAGCGAGCGUCUGCCAAGUGUCUCUGCUAUCUCUCUUGAUGCCGAUGAGUCAGCCAGGAAACCAGGAACAAACAGGACUUCAGCCCUAAUUCUCCCUCUAAGCAGUUGAUUUGCUUGCCACGAAGUGGUAUAGCAGCCCUUGCUGCUUUUAUAUCCUGUGGGGUGUGGCUCCAUGACUCAGCACUUCCUAGGCCUGCCCCACCCCUGCUUCUGUUGUUCCCGCCUCUCCUGCCUACGAAACCUAGGGUCCAGCCAGGCCUGAUUGCCAUCAGCCGGGUCUGGAAGCGUGGCCUGGGGGUGGGGAGAGUCAGGGGAUGGAGGCCUCGUUAUCUCCUCCACUUGGCCUGCCUCUGGCUCCUGGAGCUGAGCCAGGGAAGCCGGUGCUCCAGAAGUAAGUCCUGAUAGCCCUUCCCCCUCACUUUCCGAGUCACUUUCUGGCAGAGGGCCUGGUUUCGGGGGAGCGCAGACACAACAGCUACAGCCCAAGAGCCUCUCGGCGUCACAGGUACGUCUGGUGAAACGGAUGAAACUACAGCGGGUCAGGUUGACAUACACACACACACAUACACACACGAAUUAGCCAGUUCAUUUGAACACGGCCUGCAGACAGGGAGCGCACGGCCGAAAUGGGAAACAGCCUUAUGCAGGAAAAGUGGAGGGGGGUGGGAAGAAACUUUUGCAUUUGCGGGCAACCUGCCUGCAUUUUUUUUUUUUUAUAUCCUGAGCAGAAUUCUCUCUUGGUUUCUGGGGACUUGCAAAUCAAACCAAACGGGAUUUUUAGCUGCAUUUUGUCACGAGCUUGAUGCCAAAUUUCUGGCUUUUUUUUUUUCCCUCCGUCCUCUUAAAACUCAAGUCACCCCAGUUCUUCGAAUCAUUGUCUGACGUUCUUUACUUUCCCAUUGUUUUAAGGCACUGGCCAGAACCAUCCUAAAAGUUCACCCUUCCCUUCCUUGUCUCUGUCUCUCUUCCCUCCCCCCCACUCUUUCUUGUAAGUAAUCUUUAUUUUAUUAGUUUAAAAGCGCGUUUGUAUAGAGGUACGGUGUUUGUAUGAUAGCUGAAACCCAGGUCGUUAGGAAAGGCAAUAGUGGUGGGUCGAAUGACAACAAGGGUUGCUUUUUUUGUGUGUGCGUGUGUUUUUUGAUAUUAUAUAAUUUUUUAAUUAAAACUUCAGCAGUGUUUUAGGAUUUCAGGUUUAAAAAAGAAAAAAAAAAUCAGGAGAUGAGGUUUUUCUUUUUAAAAAAAAAAGAAAUCUCUAUUUUGUGCCCUUCCCUUCUACCCACUUCUGAACAGAAUUUUUUUUUUUAAAUAAAAAAAAAACCGAACAAACAAUAAAUGGUUCCUAAAAUGGUAAA